UAAAAGGGCAACAAAGGUAUUCAUAAGACAGUACCAUGAAGUUGUUUGGUUUAACUUUGGCAUUGGCUCUUGCAGUCGUAGUCUGUGCUGAGGACAACUUGGCACAGGAUGUAGGAGUUUUUGGCUACCAUUAUAAGAUUGGAAUUCCAAAAGCAAGUAGAAUAAAGAGAUUGGAACAACAAGGCCUCAGUGCUGCUCACGAAAGAAUUGUUGGAGGAGCCAUCACUGAUAUAUCUCAAGUGCCAUAUCAGGUGGGACUUAUUAUUCAAAUUCUGUUAGUCCUGACAUCUGUCUGCGGUGGUACCGUCAUUUCUAACACACGUGUGGUAACAGCUGCUCACUGUUACUUCGAUGGAGUAAUUACAUCUAGCAGCAUCACAACUGUCUUUGGCUCUAACUUACUUUUCUCUGGAGGCGUCCGUAUAAGCACCAGUGAUGUUUCCGUUCACCCCAACUGGAACCCACUCACUAUUUCUAAUGACAUAGCCGUCAUUCGUGUAUCGCCAGUGACUUUUUCAAAUGUAAUUCAGCCUGUCGCUUUGCCUACUGGAUCUGAAAUCGAUAAUAACUAUGCUGGUGUAAACGCACUUGCUUCUGGUUACGGUUUGACCUCUGAUGGCGGAUCAAUCGGCGUUACUCAGCGGGUGAGUUCCGUAACUCUUCCUGUGAUAACUAACAGUGAAUGUUCCGCUGUAUAUGGUGCUGCUGUACAAGACACAACGAUUUGUACCAGUGGUGAGAACGGACGGGGCACUUGCAGCGGCGACUCUGGUGGUCCAUUGGUCACCUCGAGCAAUGGUAGAAAUAUUCUGAUCGGAGUAGUAUCUUUCGGAGCACGAGCGGGCUGCCAAGCCGGUUUACCUGCCGGUUACGCGAGAGUCACAUCUUUCGUACCAUGGGUUCUUAGUCAAUAAUAAUAAUCUGAAAUGAAUCAUAAGUUAUUGUAACAAUAUUAUUUAUUAAAUAUAUUUUUUUGUAAAUAAAUCUAUCUAUUGUUAUUA